UAAUUCUACUGGAUAGUGGCUUUAAUUACAGCCGCCGCAUUUAUAAGAGGAAAAAUAUUUUCAAUUAAAAAAAGUGUUGUGAUUUUUAUAAGUGAUAAUGAAGUGGAUUUCAUUGUUGUGUUUAAAAUUAUUUAUAAUUACGAGUUCUGUUCAAACGGAUUCAAAUUUCACAUUUACGUAUGAUAUGGCAAUGCAGUGCAAAGAGCAUAUCUGCCAACACGGCUACAACUACGAGACGUUCUACCUCGUGGACUAUGCGGACCGAAAAGCCGUUCGUUCAGAUCCAAGUAUUGUAUUCGAAAUGCAUAUUGCGAUACUAGCAGCUAGUAAUGGACAUAUUCUUUUGUCGACUGUACCUAAGCCAGAUGCAACAGAUCCGGUGUAUGAAAUUGUUGUCGGUGGUGGAGCAAAUAAGUUCACGGAGCUGAGAGGAAAUCUGAAAAGGAAUGCACGAGCGUCCGCGAAGACUGUUGGCAUUUUAUCAACUGUUAACUUCAGGGCGUUCUACAUAAAAAUAACUGAAGACGGCCUGAUUGAGUUCGGACGAGAAGGUGAAAUAUUACCGAUAAUAUCAUAUCAAGAUAUGAACCCACUGACUGUUCGAUACUUUAGUUUUGCUGCUUGGAACGGAGUUGAGGCUAAAUUUCUUUUUGAUUGUCCAAUACCUUUGGCUAAUGGUUCUAGCGUCACGCCUAGUUCUCAAGCAGUUGAACCAAAACUUACCAACUCAGAGAGACUCCUGCGAACUCUACUAUUAAACAAAGAUCCAUACCAACCACCGAGACCAAAAUUCACUGUCAACAUUGGAGUGAAAGUAACGAGCAUAAUGUAUGACGCAUUUGAAUCUAAAUUGAGCACUGCUGUGUCUAUCGUUCGGAAAUGGACCGAUGAUAGUAUGGCCUGGAAUCCAAGUAAAUUCAACGGAACGACGUAUCUUACGUUUCGGCAGGGGCAGAUAUGGAGCCCAACUUUAUCAGUUUUCAACUCUGAUUCGAUCAGUAUGCUAGAUGCUAAGAAUCAAGAAUUGAUAUAUAUGGUGAAUAGCGGCGAGGCGACCCUACACAUGCAGACAUCGAUUCAGACUUGGUGCUUUGAUUACGAUAAUACGAUAACAAAAUGGCCACGUGAUGAGUACCUGUGUACAAUAGUUUUGGAACCUUGGGAACUUCAUGAUCAGAUAGUUCUAAGGCAAUUAGAUGCUAAUAGUGAUGCCAUGAAAGCGUUCACAGUGAUUGAUGACGUUGUACAAAACGGUUGGGAUGUGAGUACUCACCAGUACGUAGUAAAUUCAUCAGCCUGGAACCAAAUUUAUACCUUCGACGAUAAUAGUACUCGUCUCAAUGACAGAUAUAUCAUCAACGUCAGCUUGAAACGACGAGCUACUUCAUAUAACAUUGUUUUCUAUACGCCUUUAUUAGUACUCGUGACAUUUGUUCUAUUAUCGUUCUGGAGUGAGCGCUUGAACAUGAAGAGGGUUUGGUUCUAUGGAUGUUGCACUGUUGUUAUUUGUAUGGGUUUGUGCAACAUUGAUUUCUUGGUGCCCAGCCACACUGUGCCUACUAUUAUGAUUCUAUAUGUUGCGGUUUUGGGAGGAGUAUUGUUAGCAUUGCUAGUGCAUGUAGCGUUGAUGACGUCAUUGGCCAAAAGAAUUUGCAAGACAACCUUUAUCCAGAAUAACUUGACCUCACAGUGGUUUAGAGCGUUAUUCUGCUUGCCACCUUUAAAGGUAUGUCAGAUAUAUGAAACUGUGGACGAAUGUUAUACGAGGCAAGAUGAUGACGAUUCAGGUGGGAUGGGUUCAAGAAACGGUAACAUAGAAGAGAUGCAGAGCGACAAUAAAGAAUACAGCGAAUCAAUGGAAGUUGCAGAGGCCAUAGACAAGUUGAUGUUUUUUGUAUACUCUAUAUCGUUUGCAAUAAUGCUUGCGUUACACUUCUGAACAUUCAUCGAGUAUAACGUCUACUAUUGUUCUGUAAAAAAUAUAUAUUUAAGAGUAA